AUGAGCGACUCGCACAAGGACGGCUCCACAAAGUGGUCGUCCGACGACGGCCAGUUCCGCCGCCAGGUGUCGUCGUUCCGCGACGACAUCCAAAAGGGCGGCAGGUUUGAGCCCGAGGUGGGCCGCUACCACCUCGUCGUCUCGCUCGCCUGCCCCUGGGCCCACCGCACCCUCAUCGUGCGCAAGCUCAAAGGGUUCGACCAGGUACCCGACCUGCUCCCCGUCCACGUCGUCGACUCGCUCCUCGGACCCGAGGGCUGGUCCUUUGUCCCCUACGACGACCCGCCCAACCUGGGCGUGCCCGGCACGGGCAACAAGAUCCCGGGACACGAGGGCAAGAAGCGCAUCCGCGACCUCUACAAGACGGCCGACCCGGAGUACUCGGCGCGCUGCACCGUCCCCAUCAUCUGGGACAACAAGAACAACACCGUCGUCAGCAACGAGUCGUCGGAAAUCAUCCGCAACCUCAACACGGCCUUUGACGACUUUAUCCCGGACCGCUUCCGCGGCCUCACCUUCUACCCCGAAGACCUCCGCGCCCACAUCGACGACCUCAACGGGUGGAUCUACGACACGGUCAACAACGGCGUCUACAAGUCCGGCUUCGCCACCGCCCAGUCGGCCUACGAGCAGAACGUCAAGCCCCUCUUUGAGAGCCUGGACCGCAUCGAAAAGAUCCUCAGCGACGGCCGCAACUACGUCGUCGGCGGCAAGCUCACCGAGGUCGACAUCCGCCUCUACACGACCAUUGUCCGCUUCGACCCGGUCUACGUCGGCCACUUCAAGUGCAACAUCAAGACGAUCCGAGCGGGCUACCCACACAUCGAUCGAUGGCUGCGCAACCUGUACUGGAACGAGCCCGCCUUUAAAGACACGACCGACUUUGAGCACAUCAAGGCGCACUACUACCAGAGCCACCCGCAGAUCAACCCGACGCGCAUCGUCCCCGUCGGUCCGCUCCCGCCCAUCCUGCCCCUCGACGCCUGA